AUGGACUCCUCCUCGACCAGCAGCACGUCGAUGAUGAUGAUGGCCGUGUUCCAGAACACGAUGGCGACGCCUCUGUACUCGACGGCGUGGACGCCGAACGGCGUCGGCACGUACGCGGCGACGUGCAUCUUCCUGAUCGUGCUGGGCGCGGUGAUGCGGGGCCUGCUGGCGGCCAAGACGGUGCAGGAGAGCCGGUGGCUCGACCGGGAGCUCAACCGGCGCUUCGUCGCCGUCCAGGGCAAGCUUCCCGCCGCGGAGCAGGUGUCGAGCGACAGCCUCGCCAAGCGCAUGACGCUGACCGAGAACGGCGUCGAGGAGAACGUCAUGGUCGUCGGCAAGAAGGGCCUGGUCGCGAGGCCCUGGAGGCUGUCGGUCGAUCCCAUCCGCGCUGUCAUUGAUACCAUUAUCGCUGGUGUUGGCUAUCUUCUCAUGUUGGCAGUUAUGACCAUGAACGUUGGCUACUUCCUUUCAGUACUCGGUGGUGUCUUCGUCGGCAGUAUGCUGGUGGGUCGAUACACCAUCGCCGCAGAGCACUAG